AUGGCAUUGUCAGACGAGGUCAUCGUGUUGGGUUCACUUUUACCCUUAUGGGCAUUCUGUUACUGGAUACUUCCAUACUUUACGACAUACAAACAUCUAAGACACCUUCCUGGGCCAUUUGUCGGCAAGUUUAGUAAUCUGUGGCUUGCACUUGGUGCUCGGAAUGGCCGGAAGUAUGCUUGGGUACACGAAGCUCACCAAAAGUAUGGCCGAGUCAUCCGCGUAGGCUUCAAUCACGUGUCAAUAGCCACGCCUGAGGGCUUGCGCGUUGUCUAUGCACAUGGCAAUGGUUUCUUGAAAGAUAUCUUUUAUAAUGCUUUCAUCUCCGGUGUCCCUGGCCUAUUCAACGUCCAGGACAGGGCGGAACACACAAGGAAGCGCAAGAUCGUUGCUCAUGCGUUCUCUCCUGGCGCAGUACACGACUUCGAGCCUUAUAUGUCUGCAAACCUCCAGCGAUGGGUUGAUCAAUUGGACCGAAUAGCAGCAACCCCGGACAAGGAUGGGUACGCGCGUCUCAACAUCAUGCCUUGGUGUACCUUCAUUGCCUUUGAUAUUAUAGGCGAUUUAGCUUUUGGAGCACCUUUUGGUAUGGUCACACGAGGACGAGAUGAGUGCGAGUCUGCUCGACCGGGCGAGCCCGCUACGUAUGUCCCGGGUGCUGAAACACUUAACCGAAGAGGAGAGAUAAGUUCUACUCUUGGACUACUGCCUGCGUUACGCCCUUGGGCCAAAUACUUACCCGACCCCUUUUUCUCAAAAGGCCUGCAGUCGGUAAACAACCUCCACGGCAUUGCAGCUGCGGCGGUUACGAAACGGCUUGAAAAUACGGAGGGCACGCAGUCAAGCAUCCCAAAACGUCGAGAUAUACUGGAGAUGCUUUGUUGCAGCAAAGAUGCUGAAGGAAAUGCAAUGCAACGAGAUGAACUAGUGUCAGAAACGCUCACACAGCUGAUUGCUGGCAGUGAUACUGUAUCGAAUACUGUAUGCGCCAUUAUAUACUGGAUUCUUCAUGGUGAGCGGCAGAGGCCAGGUACGGUAGUGCCCCGAUUGCAAGCCGAGCUUGAUGAAGCAAUAGCUGCAGAUUCAUCAAUUGCCGCUCACGCAGAGGUCAAGAACUUGCAUUUCCUUCGGCUCUGUAUAGACGAAGCUAUGAGGCUUCAUUCAACCUCAGCUAUCGGUCUGCCUCGGAUCGUGACAACAAAGGAUGGCGUGUUCUGUGAGAACGAGCACUUCCCCGAAGGGACGGUUCUGUCAGUGCCAAGCUACACGCUCCAUCAUACCUCGGAUAUAUGGGGACCUGAUGUUGAAGAGUUUAGACCUGAACGUUGGCUUGAUGCGACACCACGACAGAAGAUGUCGUUCAAUCCGUUCUCCUUCGGCCCAAGAGCCUGUGUUGGUCAGAAUGUUGCGCAUAUGGAACUAGCGCUCAUCAUCGGCACUGCUUUUCAUCGCUAUGACUUCAGACUGUAUCAACAGAAACUUGAAUCUCACGAAGGUUUCUCAAAGAAGCCCGAAGAAUGCUGGGUAGGAAUUAAGCUGAGGAAUGUCGAAGCAUAG